AUGGCGCCGGAGGCUGGUGAAGGAAACAUCAAGGUCGUCGUGCGAUGUCGGCCGCUCAACUCGAGAGAGUUGGCGCGCGGCGCAAAGCCCCUCAUCCGAAUGCAGGGCAACCAGACGUUCCUGGACCCCCCAGAGCCAGGAUCGUCCCAGGACACCAAACGAGCUACAGAACGCAAGACAAUGGCAUUCAGCUUUGACAAGAGUUACUGGUCAGCCGGCCCAAGGGACGAACCGGGGUACUGUUCACAGCAAACCCUAUUCGACGACCUAGGAAAGGAGCUGCUGGAUCACGGAUUCGCAGGAUUCAACGCCUGUAUUCUUGCUUAUUGGAGCAUGCAAAUCCUGACUCGGUUUCUACAUAGUAUGAUGGGCUACGGACCCGACAAGGGUAUCAUUCCCCUGACAUGUUCAGAGUUGUUCGCCCGAGUCGCACAGAAGACAGCAGAAGAUCCCAACCUCACGUUUACCGUCGAAGUCUCCUAUAUUGAAAUUUACAACGAGAAAGUACGCGACCUCUUGAAUCCCAAGAACACGGGGAAUCUCAGGGUCCGUGAACAUCCCAUCUACGGACCGUAUGUCGAGGAUCUCUCCAAACUCGUAGUCAGCACCUACGAAGAAAUGAUGAACCUCAUGGACGAAGGAAACAAAGCGCGUACAGUCGCAGCCACCAACAUGAACGAAACGUCUUCACGUUCUCAUGCCGUCUUCACCCUCCUUCUGACAAUGAAGCGACACGAUGUAGAAACUAAGAUGGACACCGAGAAAGUGUCGAGAAUUAGCUUGGUCGAUCUUGCAGGAUCUGAACGCGCCAACUCCACAGGCGCGACCGGCCAGAGGUUGAAAGAAGGUGCCAACAUCAACAAGUCGCUCACAACGCUUGGCAAGGUUAUCUCGCAGCUCGCCAUAACCAGUCAGUCUGAUGGAAAGAAGGGGAAGAAGGGGAAGGGCGAGGAAUUCAUUCCUUAUCGUGACUCCGACAGCUUGGGUGGAAAUUCCAAGACCGCCAUGAUUGCCGCUAUCUCACCAGCCGAUUACGAAGAAACACUGAGUACUCUGCGUUAUGCCGAUCAGGCUAAGAAGAUUAAGAAUAAAGCGGUGGUCAACGAGGAUCCCAAUGCGAAGCUCGUGCGAGAGCUCAAGGAAGAAUUGGAGAUGUUGCGAGCGCGCGUCCAAGCUGCCAGCGGAGAAGAUACCUUUGACCCUAAAGUUCCUCCAGAAAAGCAAAAGGUUACUUACCAGACCAAGGAUGGCCGCAUCAAAACUGUCACGAAAGCAGAGCUCCAGGAUCAAUUGGAGGCGAGCGAGAAGCUUAUGCAGGGCCUGAACGAAACAUGGGAGCAAAAGCUGGCGAAAACUCAAGAGGUCCAGAGGGAACGGGAGAAGGCGCUUGAAGAGCUCGGUAUUACGGUCGAGAAGAACCUCGUCGGUGUCCAUACCCCUAAAAAGAUGCCUCAUCUUGUUAACUUGGUGAGCGGUGCAUGCAGCCUGGAGAAGCAGAGAGCAAAACCUAAGCAUCCUUAUUUUUCUUUAUCUCUCGCCUCGCCAUCAUUAGAACGAAGAUCCCCUUAUGAGCGAAUGCUUAAUUUAUCAACUCAAGCCAGGGAAAACCAUCACAGUGACGUUCCGGCUGCCAUACGGCUCAGCGGAGAGAACAUCCUCCCAGAACACUGCUGCUUCGAAAACAAUGAGGGCAAAGUGACGCUGACGGCUUUCCCUGACAGUGUUACAUUCCUGAAUGGCAAACAAUUACCUCCCGAUGAACCCCGCAGAUUGCGAUCCGGGUACCGACUUAUUCUUGGGGAUCAUCACGUCUUCCGGUUUAAUAACCCGGAGGAAGUUCGCAAGCAGCGGGAUCGUGCAACGAUGAAAUCCAAUUUGCAGAACAGCAUCUCCGCAGCAGACCUAGAGGCAGCGAGCGAGUCACCAAGGCCUGAUUCUCCAACGUCAUCGGCUGGGGAAUUGGAUCAUGUCGACUGGACGUUUGCCAAACGGGAAGCGGCGUUGGCACGGUUGGGACUCGAUCCCGCGUUGGACAGUCUCCCAGAUGAGGACCUCAACAAACUAUUCGAGAAGAUCACCAAGGUGAAGACGAUGCGUGACCACAACUUGAAAUCUCGGCCAGAGAGCAGUUUGAGCCACGCAGGAGAUGAUGUUUGGAGUGAAACGGGGAGGCCGCUGCCUAGCGAUGCGACCACGGAUGAUACGUCGCUCUAUGCCGCUCCUUGGGGGAGUCCGUUCACGGACGAGCCGUUGAAGGAAACUCAGACGACUUUGGAGACAAGGUUGCAUGAGUUGGAUGAAUCUAGCGCUGAAGAGGAAGUGGCUGAAGAUCUGAGGGUCGAAAAGGAGCAUAUGGAACAUCAGCUGCGGCUCGUAAAGGCUCAGAUGCGGCGGUUGAUCGACGCUCGGGCCCGGGGCGAAACUGACACAGAGGCAAUGCAGUUCGAGCCUGUAAUCUACACCGGAAAGCAGCUCCGACUCAUUAGGAAGGUUCUGGAUAGAUGGAGGGCCCAUCGCUCCUUUUCUAUGGCUGAACAGAUUUUGAUAAAUGCAGUGGCCAUGAAAGAGGCCAAUGUCAUCUGCAAGGAAUUGGGCAAGCAAGUGACCUACAACUUCACGAUUGCCUCUGGUGGAUCCCUCGCUGCGCCAAGUUCCGCCGUUGACACAAUAGCAGGACUGGACCAGUUUGGGGAUGUGGCGGAUCCAAUCCUCACCUCAGCAACUCAACCCUCAGCGGCGGUGAAGGUCAUCGACAAACGUAACAACGCCAUCUACGUCUGGUCGCUAGACCGAAUGCAACAGCAACUCCAGCGGAUGCGCAAUCUCACAACCUACAUCGACCGACCAUCCUACACCCAACACUUUUCGUCUGAUGAGCCUUUCUUCGAAUCCCCGCCUCCCGAGUAUUCCUUUAUUGGAAACGCGUUGAUCUCACUCGCCCCGCUGUCACGAAGGUUAUCGUCGUCAUCGACCGUACCCAUCUUCUGUCGGUACACCGCCGAGGCCAUUGGUUCUUGCCGCAUUGACAUCAAAGUGAUGAAUGUCGUCCUCCCCGCCAAAUACUUGAAUGGUUCCUCGCCCUCAACGCGAUCAAGUUCCCCAGCUCCAGGUGCUGUGCCACCAGGCAGCAAGCUCAGCUUCUCCUUGACGAUAGAUUCCGUAAAGGGUCUAUCUUCCUACGACUUUUCUGCCGUCCACCUUCAAGUCCGACUUUCAUCUUUCGUUGGACCGACGGUAGCAGCGGAAGAAGUGUUCCCUUCCAGUGCCAUCAACAUAGACGACUCGUCCCUCUCCGAGGUCAAAUUCCGCCGAAAUUUUACGAUCGCCACGACUUCAAAGGUUCUCAACCAUAUACGACAAGGAUACGCACCCAUAGAAUUUUUCGCUGCUCUCAAACCUACAUAUUUAGAACGGAUGGAACGAUGGGACGAAAUGCGCGAGCAGAAACAGUACCGUCCCAGCCCAUCUUCCCCUUCCCCUCAACCCGAAAGCCGACCAGCAAGCGCAACCCUGCCCCCGAUGCGCCGAUCGGAGACCGAUUUUGUCGUCGAACAGGUACAUGACGUCGUCGCCUGGCUGCAGGUCUGCGAAUUGGGACCUGACGGUUCUUACGUCCCUGUCCCCGUUAUAUCCCAAGGAAGUCUUGAUCCCGGCGUCUUUUCGUUGCAUCAAGGCCUUCAAAGACGUAUUUCAAUUUCACUGUCUUCGAACUCCGGUCAACAAUUGCCCUGGACAGAAUUUACGAAGAUCAGGAUAGGCAACGUCCGCCUACUCGAUCCGCACGGCCGUAUCCACGACUCAACGUCUAAAGCUCUGGUCACCCUCCCCCUAUUGAAAGAGCAGACACUCGAAUUCAAACCUGAUGGAAGUGGAGCACUCGCAGCGGAAGCCCUCUGGGAUUCGAGUGUCCAUAAUUCAGUGCUGUUGAACAGGGUCACCGCAUCGAAUCAGCGAAUCCUCCUGCAAUUACAGUUCUCUGUUGCAGUGGAUACUUGUGCUGAUCCUGUACAAUUCAGCAUGGACCUGGCCAUCACGAUGCACUCUCGCGAUGCCAGUCCCCCAUCGAAGCUGCUCUCAUUCUUCGGCUCCAGCAAGAUUCUUUCAAAAACCAGCACCCUGUUCUCGGUGAAGCUCUCGCCACCCCUUACCCGUUCAGCGAAGGAUCUCUGGCGAUUGGACACUUCAGAGAAAUACGUACGAGGAGAAGAGACGCUUGCAACUUGGAAACCUCGAGGAAUCUCCGUAGUCGAAGAUUACAACCGCCUCAUCACCACUGAAAGGCGGGCCGCAGAUGUUCAGGCCAUCCGCGUUAUCCUGGCUAAUUCACCCCCUAAGCCAUUACCUCAAGAAACGCUUGCUUGGAGGGCUGAUGAUCUGGUUAAGCGGUCGUUGCAUCUGUGGCAGAAGCAGUUUGGUCACAAAGGCAAAAUCGUCUUGAGUCAGGAACCUGAAGAGCCUGUGGAGACUGUCACCUCUCCAAAGCGCAAACGGGAAUCGCCUUUGGAAACUCUCAAGUUCAUAUCGGAGACGAAGUUGAUUUCCAGAAGUGAUAGUGCCACGAAGAAGGGGCAUCUCAUGAUCUUGACUGACGCUGGCCAAGGUCUUUGGGAGAGACGGUGGUUCGUGUUGAAACGGCCCUACUUGCACAUGUACGCCCACUCCAAUGAGGUCGAGGAGGUUGGCAUUAUUACCUUGAGUGGUGUCAACGUUGAGAGCGACCCUCUGAAGGAAUCGCUCUUGGGGAAACCAUUCUCGUUCAUGCUGUUCACAUCCUCGAACUCCCACGGCCUUGCCGCCCCCAAUCAAAAGGAGAUGCUCUCCUGGGUCACGAAACUUGACCCUACACGUCUGCCUUCGACUUAA